UUUAAUUUCAAUUUUCUUUAACUAUUUCAGAUUUUGAACAUCCUUCCGCUGCCGUAAACAUGUUCAUUCUUUACUAUUUUGAUUAUAAAAUUGAACCAGACGUCUAUGCUUAUUUCGUUCCAUUGAAAUAUGCUCAACAUUCACUAGAAGCACCAUCAGAUCGUCCAAUACAGAACAAGAACGAACUGAUAUUUUACUCCGUUCCAGUCGACUUGGAAGCAUUAUUCAAUCAUAGUUGUGGUGGUUCUUUGUGUAAAACAGGCGUUUGCAAUUCUAAAUUUAUCCUUAUUCCGUUAAAUUUAGAAUAUUCAGAAUAUAUGUACAAUAAUGUUUUGUAUCCUGUAUGGAAAAAGUACCUUUUUAACCUGUCAGGUAUUAAACGUUAUUGCGCAUACUAUGACGAUGAAACUGUAAUAUCUCCUACUGGUCAAAAAUAUAUCGUAUAUGCGAUAUUUUCCCUUGAGAGACAAAUUGCGUGGGAUAUGAACAUCAGACCUCAAGAUAUAACCGAUAUUUUGCACCCAGAGAAAUUAUUAAAGUUGUGUGUUUAUACAUAUGAACCGCAACACCCCCAAAAAGUUAAUGAAACACCGAAAUGCUCUGGUACACAAAGUGUUGAACAUCCGACAGAGAUGAAAGAAAAACUGGCUCUUACUAAUGACGAAACAAGUUUGGAAUCUGAAGCAUCAAAUCCUUCAUCAACAUCGGUACAAAAUAUUAAAGCGGCGACUCCAAAACCUGGUAAUAGUAGCAAGAAAAUCGAAAGAAUAAAGAGUAGAGAGGAUGUUGAUGGUACGUCCAGAAUUUCGGGUUUAAUAGAAGGUUUCAAGGGUAAAAUGGGUGAUAUAAGGAACACUGUGAUCGAUACAGCUAAAGAUAUCGUAGAGAUUGUUACUCUGCCAAAUCAGUCUAAUGUAAGUCAUGAAUAAGAAUUUUCUCGAAAUUUGUUUACCCCCAAAGACUGUGUUAGAUUUAUCAGAUUGGUUAUUGGCGUCACGGACAUUGGAUUUCAACUAAUCCCAAUUCAAAACGUGAACAAGCACUUCAAGUUCUCCAAGAAAUGGGUUUCAACAAUCGCGAUUUAAAUGCGACUUUGCUAGCGCGUUAUGGCGAUGAUCUUAAUUUAGCGUUAUCACGUCUUUUGGAGUAUAAUUUGGAUGUGUAACCUUGCACUAUUUAUUAAUCUCUAUAGAUAUUCGAUUUCGUCUUUUUAAGUUCCAGUUGAGUGGCAUAAUGGUAAUACAGUCAUUUUGUUAUUUGAAUAAGAACUUGAAGACUAAAUCGAAUUUUACUUAUUAACCUUAUACUUUUCAAUUUCCGCACUAAAAUAAAAAACGAGUUGGUUAACAAGCUAUGCUAAUUAAUACUUUUACAUUACAUAUUAUAAUAUAAAAAAAAUCUAUACUUAAA